CACGCGCACUCUCUGUGUGUGUCUCUCUCUCGCGCGCGCGCAAGGAAGGGCGGGUGAGGAGGAGGAGGAGGUGAGCGGCGUUUGUGACGAGCUCCUGGUGGAACGGCUGAGCGGUCACGCGCACGGAACGGUGUGUGUCUUGCUCGCUGGGAAGAGGGAGACAACCAGGCGGGGAAGGAGGCGGCCGAGGCGUUCCGUGAGGUGAAGGAAGGACGCUACGGAGCAGGAAGCGCCGGCGCGGAGCCAGUCGGUGCCUGGCCAAGAGCGAAGGGGGCAGAGUCUGCGCUGGUGGAAGAAGAAGAAGGUCUCGCGCUGCGAGGGGCGGCACCAGAAGAUUGACCUCUUUCAACCUUCCCCCUCCCCAAUCCCGCGUUUUACAGUCACCGGGAACUCCGCGUAGAAGCCGCGCGGCCCUCCGGAGGGCGGCUGAGGAGGAUGUCGGGCGGCGGCGGCGGCAGCAGCAGCCGGGAAGAGGAGCGGCGCAAACUGGCCGACAUUAUCAACCACUGGAACGCGAACCGGCUGGACCUGUUCGAGAUCAGCCCCCCGACUGAGGAUUUGGAAUUCCAUGGAGUUAUGAGAUUUUAUUUUCAAGACAAAGCAGCUGGAAAUUUUGCAACUAAAUGUAUCCGUGUGUCUAGCACUGCCACAACACAGGAUGUAAUAGAAACACUUGCAGAGAAAUUCCGUCCAGAUAUGCGAAUGUUAUCAUCACCUAAAUACUCGCUUUAUGAAGUGCAUGUCAGUGGAGAAGAAAGAAGAUUGGAUAUCGAUGAGAAACCUCUUGUUGUUCAGUUAAAUUGGAACAAGGAUGAUAGAGAAGGACGGUUCGUACUCAAGAAUGAAAAUGAUGCACUUCCCCCAAAGGCUCAAAGCAAUGGCCCUGAAAAGCAAGAAAAGGAGGGAGUGAUCCAGAACUUCAAACGAACUCUAUCAAAGAAAGAAAAGAAGGAAAAAAAGAGGCGAGAGAAAGAGGCAUUGCGGCAAGCUUUGGAUGAUAGACCAUAUCAUGGGGAUGAUAUUGAGAAUUCUCGUCUUGCAGCAGAGGUCUAUAAAGAUAUGCCUGAGACAAGUUUCACUCGCACAAUAUCCAAUCCAGAGGUGGUAAUGAAACGACGGAGACAGCAAAAACUUGAGAAGAGGAUGCAAGAGUUCCGGAGCUCUGAUGGCAGGCCAGACUCAGGUGGAACACUGAGGAUUUAUGCAGACAGUUUGAAACCAAAUAUACCAUACAAGACAAUCCUGCUAUCUACCACAGACACUGCAGAUUUUGCUGUUAUUGAAGCUCUGGAGAAGUACGGUUUGGAAAAGGAAAAUCCCAAGGAUUACUGUAUUGCUCGUGUGAUGCUUCCUCCUGGUGCUCAACAUUCUGAUGAUAAAGGUGCUAAAGAAUCCAUUCUGGAUGAUGAUGAGUGCCCACUUCAGAUAUUCAGAGAAUGGCCAAGUGAGAAAGGAAUAUUAGUCUUUCAGUUGAAAAGACGACCACCUGAUUAUGUCCCAAAGAAGUCAAAAAAACAAAUUGAUGGAAAGCCAUUAAAAGGAAAGGAAAGAGUUGACGGGUCCGGUUAUGGCUCUUCCCUUCCUCCAGAAAAACUACCUUAUCUGGUUGAAUUAAGUCCAGGGAGAAGGAAUCACUUUGCCUACUACAACUAUCACACUUAUGAAGAUGGUUCCGAUUCCAGAGAUAAACCAAAGCUCUAUCGUUUGCAGUUAAGUGUGACUGAAGUUGGUACUGAAAAAUUUGAUGACAACUCUAUUCAGUUGUUUGGUCCAGGAAUUCAGCCCCAUCACUGUGACCUCACUAAUAUGGAUGGAGUUGUUACUGUUACUCCAAGAAGCAUGGAUGCUGAGACAUUUGUGGAGGGCCAGCUGAUUUCAGAGACCACUAUGCUGCAAAGUGGUAUGAAGGUUCAGUUUGGGGCCUCUCAUGUAUUUAAGUUUGUGGACCCCAUUCAGGAUCAUAUUCCUAAAGGACGUCUAGACACAGGGCAUAUGGUCAAAGGAACACGACACAAAGCUGGAACUGUACAAGAAACAACAUUUGAUUUGGAAGGAGACAUCCAUAGUGGAACAGGAUUACCUGCAAGCAAGAGCACCAAUAGACUGGAUAGUGAUAGAAUAUCGACAUCCAGCACAGCUGAACGAGGCAUGGUGAAGCCAAUGAUAAGAAUAGAACAGCAGCAGGAUUACCGGAGGCAAGAUGGCAGAUCACAGGAUGCACAUGGACCUGAACUGAUACUACCUGCAAGCAUUGAAUUCAGGGAAAGCUCUGAAGAUGCCUUUUUGUCUGCCAUUAUAAAUUAUACCAAUAGCUCAACAGUUCAUUUUAAGCUGUCUCCAACUUAUGUCUUGUACAUGACAUGCCGGUAUGUAUUGUCGAGCCACUACAGACCUGACAUCAGUCCUGCUGAGCGUACUCACAAAGUAAUUGCAAUAGUGAACAAGAUGGUGAGCAUGAUGGAAGGAGUUAUACAGGAGGUAGACCAGGUUGAUCAGAAGCAGAAGAAUAUUGCAGGGGCACUUGCUUUCUGGAUGGCAAAUGCAUCUGAGCUGCUAAACUUCAUAAAGCAGGAUCGAGACCUUAGCCGAAUCACAUUAGAUGCACAAGAUGUUUUGGCACACUUAGUUCAAAUGGCGUUCAAAUAUCUGGUUCAUUGCCUUCAGUCGGAGCUUAAUAACUACAUGCCUGCAUUUCUUGAUGAUCCAGAAGAAAAUAAUCCUCAGAGGCCUAAAAUAGAUGAUGUCUUGCAUACGCUAACUGGAGCCAUGUCCCUGCUGCGACGCUGUAGAGUGAAUGCUGCACUAACUAUACAGCUCUUUUCCCAGCUCUUUCACUUUAUCAACAUGUGGCUUUUUAACAGACUGGUUACUGAUCCAGAUUCAGGAUUGUGUUCACAUUACUGGGGAGCCAUCAUCCGUCAGCAGCUGGGACAUAUUGAAGCUUGGGCUGAAAAACAAGGCUUGGAGCUAGCUGCUGAUUGUCACCUUAGCAGGAUAGUACAAGCAACUACAUUACUUACCAUGGAUAAGUAUUCACCUGAAGACAUUCCAAGUAUUAACAGUACCUGCUUUAAACUUAAUUCUCUUCAGCUGCAUGCACUGCUACAGAAUUAUCAUUGUGCCCCAGAUGAGCCAUUUAUUCCAACAGAAUUAAUAGAAAAUGUCGUUGCUGUUGCUGAAAAUACUGCUGAUGAACUGGCUCGUAGUGAUGGUAGGGAAGUGCAACUUGAAGAGGAUCCUGAUCUACAACUACCUUUUCUUCUGCCAGAAGAUGGCUAUUCAUGUGAUGUGGUUAGAAACAUUCCAAAUGGGUUACAAGAAUUUUUAGAUCCACUUUGCCAAAGAGGAUUUUGCAGGUUAAUACCUCAUCCACGCUCACCAGGAACAUGGACGAUAUAUUUUGAAGGUGCAGAUUAUGAAAGCCAUCUAUUACAAGACAAUGCUGAUCUGGCUCAACCAUUAAGAAAGGAACCUGAGAUAAUCGCUGUAACGCUGAAAAAACAAAAUGGGAUGGGUCUGAGCAUUGUGGCCGCAAAGGGUGCUGGUCAAGAUAAACUUGGAAUCUAUGUGAAGUCUGUAGUCAAAGGUGGUGCUGCAGAAGUGGAUGGUCGGCUGGCUGCUGGGGAUCAGUUGCUUAGUGUGGAUGGACGCAGUUUGGUUGGACUAUCCCAAGAAAGGGCAGCAGAGCUGAUGACAAGAACUGGAUCUGUGGUGACACUAGAAGUAGCAAAACAAGGAGCAAUUUAUCAUGGUCUAGCGACUCUGCUUAACCAGCCAUCACCAAUGAUGCAAAGAGUUUCAGACCGCCGUGGGUCAGGCAAACCCCGACCAAAGAGUGAAGGUUUUGAGCUGUAUAACAAUUCUGCUCAGAAUGGAUCACCUGAGAGCCCUCAACUGCCUUGGACAGAAUAUAAUGAACCAAAAAAGUUGCCAGGAGAUGACAGACUAAUGAAGAAUCGAGCAGAUCACCGAUCCAGUCCCAAUGUAGCAAAUCAACCUCCAAGUCCUGGGACCAAGAAUGCUUAUGUGGCUGGAACAGCUAACAAAAUAACAUCAGUCUCUACUGGAAACCUUUGUACAGAGGAACAAAUGCUACCACCCAGACCUGAAGCAUAUCCUAUCCCAACACAAACUUACACCAGAGAAUAUUUCACAUUCCCAGCCUCCAAGUCCCAAGAUAGAAUGGGUCCUGCUCAAAGUCAAUGGUCAAAUUAUGAAGAGAAACCUCAAGUUCAAACAGAAAAUAAUCAUUAUAUCAGCACUGCAAUGCAGCGUGUAACUCGUUCUCAGGAAGAACUGCGGGAUGAUAAAGUUUAUCAGGCAGAAAGGAAUCGGUUAGAGGUUAUAAUACGAAAAGAUGUGGAAUAUAUUGAUAGGAAAUCUGAUAGUGACCCAUGGAUGAACUCUUCUGUGGAUUCCAGUACAUCAAGCCAAGAGCAUCUGAACCAUUCCACUAAGUCCCUCCCCCCUGGAUCUUGUUUAACCAAAAGUGGACCUGGCCGCUGGAAAACUCCUGUUGUGUCUCAGUCAGUAUCACUAGCAGCUUCUCAGUCUGCUAGAACAGACCUUCCACCUCCUCCCCCUCCUCCCCCAGUGCACUAUGCAGCUGACUUUGAUGGACUGCAGAUGGAUUUGCCUCUUCCACCACCUCCACCUUCUUCAAGCCAGUUAGGGCCACAGUCAUCAUCCCAGGUUGCUGCAGCAGAGAGAAAAAAGAGAGAAGAGCAUCAAAGGUGGUAUGAGAAAGAAAAAGCACGCUUAGAAGAAGAGCGUGACAGGAAGCGUCGGGAACAGGAACGAAAACUGGGGCAAAUGCGAGCACAACCACUAAUUCCUACUCAAACCAUACUUCCUCCAGUGACAGUUCAGCAGGUAAAACCAGAAAAGCCUUCGACAUUGCAGAGAUCCCAGGAAACUGUCAUUAGAGAACUGCAGCCUCAACAGCAGCCCCGAACUAUUGAGCGAAGAGAUCUGCAGUACAUCACCAUAAGCAAAGAAGAGCUGUCCUCUAGUGAUAGCCUGUCCCCUGACCCUUGGAAAAGAGAUGCUAAGGAGAAGCUGGAGAAACAGCAGCAAAUGCACAUUGUGGACAUGCUGAGCAAAGAGAUUCAAGACCUUCAAAACAAGCCAGAUCGUACUGCGGAAGAGAAUGACCGCCUGCGAAAGCUCAUGUUGGAGUGGCAGUUUCAGAAACGGCUCCAAGAGUCAAAGCAAAAAGAUGAGGAUGAAGAUGAUGAAGAGGAUGAUGAUGUAGACACCAUGUUGAUCAUGCAGCGUCUGGAGGCUGAGAGAAGAGCAAGGCAGACUGCUAUGCCAGCAAUCUCUGUUCUAGAUUUGCUACAGGAUGAAGAGCGCAGACGACAGCAGCAGUUGGAAGAGAUGCGAAAACGAGAAGCAGAAGACAGAGCUCGGCAGGAAGAAGAGCGCAGGCGCCAAGAGGAGGAGCGGACAAAGCGAGAGGCAGAACAAAAGAGGCGACAGGAGGAAGAAUAUUACAAUCGCCUGGAGGCUGAAAGACGCCGUCAACACGAUGAGGCAGAACGGAGAUUGCUGGAACCCGAUGAGCCUGGUCUGUACAGACCUCCGCUUCCACGGGAAUAUGAAUUUCCACCCCUGCCCCCUUCAUCUAAUGCUCCUCCUCCCCCACCUCAGCGAAACACCUCUUACCUCAAAACACAGGUCCUCUCCCCUGAUACGAUUUAUACUGCCAAGUUUGUUGCGUACAAUGAUGAUGAGGAGGAGGAUUCCUGUCUAGCAGCAGGUCAGGAUAAGUACUCCAGUGCAAGAAAGUCUUAUGGUGACCUUCCUCCUGCCACCCCUAAGUCACAGCAGUCCUCACGCCAGCCACGCCCAGCCUCAGAUGGCAUCUUCCUUUCCAACUCAUUCCAGCCAUCCUCGGUCAAUGCCAACAGUACUGGUUCCAAACUGAGCCAUCCCCCUCCCAUACCAAACAAACCGAGUUUCAUCAAUCCAAGCAACGCAAAAGGAUCAAACUCUUACACUGGAUCUACUGGAGCAAUUGCAGGAUCACAGGAAUCUUAUCUGGACCCAAGAGAUAAAAAAUCAAAAAGUCAAGAUGCAGAUUUACCUGGUGCACCAGAAAACCUGACGUUCCGCGAGCGACAGAGACUAUUUUCCCAAGGCCAGGAUGUGUCCAACAAAGUAAAAGCCUCUAGGAAAUUAAUGGAACUGGAAAAUGAAUUGAAUACAAAAUAGGGUAAAGUGCACCUUAUGAAGAGUUCCUGAAAGAUCUUAUUUGGACUGGGAAAGGGGUUGUUCAAGAAGAAGAAAGUAUCUCCUGAUGAAAUGUGAUGGAAUUUUCCAUCUGGACUGUUUGAAAUUUAGACACAUUGCAAAAGCAAAAAAAUCAGUUCUUUAUCAAGAGCUUGUGGUUUAUACAAUUAAAGCACUGUAAGAUAUAUUUUAGUUAUAAGAAUCAAGUAUCAUUAUGUUCUUUCUCCCCACCUUUUCCCUUGUUUGGGGGGAUUAAGUACUUCUGCAAUAUUCCUGGGUAACACCUGUUGAAAAAUAGUUGUUUCCUGGUUUCUUACAGAAACACUUUACUAGCUGCUAAGCAGAGAGAGUGGCUAUAGCUUGAACUUGCUGAUGUGUAGAUUGUUUGAUACUAAUUCUAAGGUGGUUAUACAGAUUAUAAGCAUAUCAAUGAAAACUAGGGCUAGAGUCAGUGGUUUCCUUGGAUAAACUCUCACAGUAAAACAACUUCAAUAUCUUGAUUAUAAAAGGGAUGCAUAAGAAUGUUUAAUCUGCAGACAAGAAUGAUCCUCCCUUUGUAUAGAUGUGAAAGUUACUUGAUUAGCUUAAUGACUGUCCACUGAUGUGAUGAGAAAUGCACCAGUGGGUUUUUCAACUGUUUCUCCUUCACUACAGCACUGAGCUACUAACUACUACUUACAUUAGAGAGUUUUAAAAUCUGUUUGGUGACACUUGAAGUCAAGACUGGGAAAAUGGGCGUAUGGGUAUAGUGUGCAUGCAUAUGUGAAAGGAGGCUACAAAGUUUUAAUAUUAUUCCAGAAAUAAGCAAUAGGGAUUAAGCUGCUUUUGGUAGCAUACUGUAGCCAAGGCAAAACCAAAGUUAAACGUUCACAAAAGGAAGGACUAAAAGAAGUGAAUUACUAAUAGUUAGCAUAUUAAGCACUGUUUUGAGAGGGGUAAAUGGCACAGAAAUGCUACGACUGCAAUAAAGCAGUGCCUGCCAAUAAGAAUUUCACUGAGGUGGCUUGACAGUAGCAGCACAUCACUAAUCGUUCAUGUUGAUAGAAAUGAUAGUCAAGCUGUCUGUCUAGUUUACUGAUAUCCUCUUCCUUUAUACUGUAGAAAACGUUGGCAGUUCAAGCUAUUUUUCACAUUAUAUUGCAGCAUUAUUUAAUUUUAAAUGGUUGAAAUCUUUUUUUUCUCCCACUGUUCCUUCAGCUAUGCAUAUAUGGCUGAUGAUGUUGAGAAUAAGGACCUCAUCAGAGUUUGUUUCUCAUUGUGUGAUGUUUAAAAUGAAUAUAUUAUAUUGUGAUUCUAAGCAAAUUUUCUAUUUGAUAAAGCCCUUAAUUGGGUUUUAGGUUAAUUUUCUGUAUAAUAUGUUCUGUUAUAAAUAUAUAUUUAGGGAAUUAUGCACACUUCCAAAUGCAGAGGGUAGACUUUCACUGCCUUAGAAAUCACUUUUAAUAAGAGUUGUAUGAUAAAUAAAUGCAAGUUAAUUAUAUUAAAUUGGAGUGUAAAUAUUUUUUUUACAUAUUUCAGGUUUCUUAUUUGAAAGUGUGCUUUUACCGUUCACCUGUUUAAAUAUGAAGUAGGAGAUUAAAUUGGUUGAAAGUGUUAAUGAAGGAUUUGUAAGCUUGCUGUGCCUGUUAAUCAGGAAAAGCAACUCCCCUCCCCAGAUUUAUCUUGAGAACACUAGAUAUGCUGUGGCUGGAAUACUGUUGCUGCUAGAAGCGAAGCAAAGAAAUAGCACCUAACAUGGAGUGGAUUUGACUGCUGUUAGGCAUUCAAGUCAAGUGUGGGUAUGAGUAAAAGUGCUUUUCAUAACUGUGCAUUAUUAUGGAAGAAACAUCAAAACUGCUGUUGUUUCCCAUUUCUACUGUAUUUCACUUGCAACCUAUUUUUAAUAAACUUUGUAUUGUAUUUAA